AUGUUUACUGGGGACACGGCAGGAUCAGUAGAGGGCCUACAAGAAUCCCUAGAGAGUCAAAAUGGCGACGCCUUGAACAAUUUACGCGACCUAGAGCAGCUGCGGCAACUCGCGAGCACAUCACGCGGUCUCGUACGUCUUAGGGAUACAGCACAAGCACAGAGGAGUGCGGAAAAAAACGAUUUCAAGAGCGACGGCUCUAGUGGUUUUGAAGCUUCGACAAAGAGUGCUGGAGACGAGACUCGUAGUGGGACGAGCAACCACGACACAGUUUCCGGUUCAGGACAGUUGAUAUCGAGUGCUGAAAGUUUCCGGCGCAUCCGACCAUCAACUCUACAGCACGUAGUCCAGGAAGCUGGGGAGCGGGUAUUUGGUAUUAGGAGUCACGCAUCGUCUCUACAUCGACCGAAGAGUAGACCGUCACGACGGAAGAAACCUUCGACAUCGACAGAACUGCUUGGAAAGGUGAGAAGCGUCACUGGUAAAGGAAAUAUGGUAGGAAGUGGUGGCGAGACAUCGUCUUCGAGUGGAGCCACGACAAGAAAGGCGAGAGAAGUUAUUGUUUCUCCAGCGGGUUCGCAAAGACUUGACCUAGCCAGGGACUUCGGUCGCGAGAAGUCUAUCCUGCGCGGGGGGGACGGGUCGUCUUCAGCUGUGAACGAACCGAAGAAUCUACCUGUUACUUUUUCGAUUUCACAAGACAUCGAGAAAUUCGACGACUGUGGUUCAACUUCAUCGUGGUCUUCUGCGGAGGAAGAGGACAACAAAUAUGGUCUUCAAGCCGAUGCUUCUUCAGGCAUAGCCGGAACGAGUCGUGGCACUACCAAGACCAAGAAGAACAAGCAGAAGUACUUCGAGUUUUCCUACACGUCUUCCUCUGGCUGUUCGGGGUUGGACGAUAGUGAUGGAGGAGAGACGUCGGAUCGAGACUUUGGUUACAGUCAUCAGCGAAGUAGUAGACGAUCGGGGGAUGCUCAGCUAACUUCUCAACGGUCCAUGACUCACGUCGCAAGCAACGCAUUUAGUUCCACGUCGUCGGUGUUCAGCCACGACACGAUGUCUUUGGGUGCAUCCAGUACAGCGAGUGGAGCAGGUGUGGGGUCCUUAUGUGAAUGAAUGUCAUGAUGGUUCUCAACAGCAGGGAUGAAUUGAUCGCUACACCUCGUCUCUAAGGAAAAGAAAAUGAAAUAUACAACCAUUUGGCAGUCUAAAGCAUUCCACGACGAUCUCUUAAAUCUAUAAAGCAUGAUUCGCUUUACUCUAAUGUCAGCCGCAGGCUCCUCCGCACAUAAACACGGACGUCUGCUCGCUUUGCCUCCUACUCUAAGGUCCUUUUUUCGAGUUCUGGAUUUGGAGGAGUUGGAUUCGGAUCAACAGAAGGUUAUCAUUAAUGCGAGGUUGGAAGCGGCCGACGUGAAACCUUUUUUACGGUUUUUAGAGACUUUCGAAACCAAGUUGAUGCGAGAUGAUGAGCGUUUACUGCGAAGUCCAACGAUGCUUUCAAUGGUUCUAUGCUAUUGGCAGAGCGGCCGUGGUCGUGGCCACGCAGGUGCUGGAGCAUCAUCUGGAGGUACUGCGGGAGGUACGGGCGGCGCAUCCUCAAUCAAUCCAACCGGUACUGAAAAGAAUCUAGCUUCAUCCGAACACGUAGAACAACCGGCUUGGCCCACGAACACUUCGUCUCAAGAACCUGGCGUUGUGGCGCAUAACUCAGCAGUGGAUCGAAGUUGGAGUUCGGGUUCCCGCAGUCCGCCACGCGGCGUUGCAGUCGUUGCGAGUAACAGCACCCGGCAGCGACCGGCGCUUGCACGACAACAACAGACUACAGCAGCAGGUGGGUUGGGCAGUGCGAGCGCUCAGGGAUCAUCCCCCAGUGCUGGCGCGCGUCCCCCAGUGCUGUCGAGCCUUCGGAGGGAUCAACAUCCCCCAGGUUCACAGCUUGUCGUCACGUCUGGAUCAACUACAUCGGUCAGUCCGACUACAGAUGGCGUGCUCAUAACGGAAGUGUUUCGCGUUUCGGUGGACGUCCUACUCUCAAGAGUGAAGACCAAGCAACAAAGCGACCGCUUCAAACUGAAGACGCAGCAAAAACUCUUCCAAGUCAUGCUGCAGAAGAUAGCGUAUCAGCUGCAGAUUCGGCACAAGCGCGAGUUUUCUGAGCAAUGGCUGACGUUGGUUUUUAACACAAGAACAGACAGUGACUUGUUGUCCUCUUCUUGUCAACAUGAUCAAGAAAAAGGUCAACAACAAUAUGAUGAUCAAGAAAAAGGUCAACAAAAAGGUCAAAGUUUAUUAGUACAAGGGCAACAUGAUCAAGAAAAAGGUCAAGAACAACAAAGUUUACUAGAAGCACAAGGAGGACAGUAUCGAGGACAUUUCGAAGCAGCUGGUGACAACUUGAAUAAGGUGCCAACUGGUUCUUUUGGAAAAUCAACAUCGUCAACACUUGGAACAGGGCUAGACCUGAACUACGUGAAAGAAACUGGCUCGAGCUUGUCGAAGGGGAGCUCAUUUGUUGGAGAUCGCUCACCUAGUACCAACAUGCAGAUGCGCACCUCAGGUGGAGCUAAUAGUCAGCCAGGAGUGGAGCAAAAAACAACAAUGAAUCUAUGGUCCGAUUUUGUUGCAACCAUUCGUAUGGGGCAAGUCGCUCUGGUCACUUCGCGCAAGCACAUACUACAACAAAAUGUGACGACUACAGCAUCGGAACUUGGCUCAUCUACGCCGGGCAGUGUAGCUCCUGUGUCACGCCAGUCGACCUCCUCUGCUUUUGGAGGACUAGGUCAGCACGGUACUACAGAUGGAGGUGCGGGAACUGGCGUUCCUCAAAGGCAAGAAGUGUUUCGAUUCGCGCUUUUUGCUUUUCAGCGGUAUUUAGCUGCAAGCGGCUUGGUUGAGGACCUGAACAAUUGUGCUCGUGUGAUUGUGGCCGACGACUGGGUGCGCUUUUUGCAGGCAGAGGAGUCAAGCUAUUUGAAGCAGUCUAGCCCAACGCAGAGUUUCGUGAGAGAACCUCUAGAACAAGCGCAUGCAGCUGCGGCAGCUGCAGUUCAGCUUUCUGGUGGCGUUAGUCCUACUGGAGCGCGAACUAGCACUGCAGCGGACCCUCACGGCUUCGAUUUGAUGUCUCAGAGAGAUGCUUCAACCCGAAUUCGUUCCACUAUCAACACAAAAUACCAGCGAGCCAGUGUAUCAGGUCUGGACCGGGGUCCGGGAGGUGGCAACACCCUGUUGGAAGAGGUUGAUGGGAGCGACGACGGAGGAGCUUUUCCUCGAUCUCCUGUCACUCGACAACGGUCGUAUUCGUCAGCAUUCAUUGCUCCCUUCACCUCUCCGCGAGACCAGAAGGCGCAAGGCCUCAACAGAGUCGGAGGGGGACUGAAAAGCCUAGCGGAAGAGGGUGUGGGCACACCUGCUCUUAACCAAGGAGGAGAACAGUUAGGAAAAUCGCCGAGUGCAGCUCAUGGUGGAAGCCAUAGCUUGUUUAAUGCUUCCUCUGGAGGCGGAUUAGCAGGACAGUUUUCUGAAGAAGCAGCCAGAGCAGUUGUGAUACCAGAUUUUGAGACGAUGAUGUUAGAUUCCUGGUGGCGUGACUUGAUUGAAAUGCUAGUGGAAAAAUGGCCUAGGACGUACCAGCGCAUUCUGACUGAGCAAUUGAGCACUUUUUGUGCGCGCUACUCGGAAGUUCUGUCGAAGUCUUAUCAUGAUCAACAGGAAGGAGGUGGCAGAAGUGCUGGAAGAGUGGAUGGUGCAAACGAGCAAAUGAUGACCAGGAAGAGCGGCGUCUAUUUCGCAAGCGCACUGGAUUCCUCCAGAGCGGUGGGCACUCCUGCGCUCGCGUCCCACAUGUCGGGUGCCGGCACGGAGUCCUUUGACCAGCCUAUCGGAGGAAGUCGGCCAAGAAGCUCCAUUUCGCGUCUUAGCAGUGUAGCUGGUGGGGAUCCGGAUUCUACUUCCAGAUCAGCAGGUUCUCCUAGAGGCAAAGCAUUGUCCUCUCCUAUGUCAAGGACUCCUGGAUUGAUCUUAGCAGACCUCUCGCAAGCGGAGCAGGACCGAAGAGCUGCGGCAAUGAGUGUGUGCGUUCAUCUAGCAGUGAGACACUGCUAUACACCCUUCUUUUCCGCCUUGCGCCAAUUGCCUUCGGAGUUUGUGAAGAACUCAAAUUUUCUGCCGGGACGCGGAGACGUUCAUCUUGCGAGCUUUGGGGGAGACGUUCAUCUUGCGACUUUCGGAAGAGUGAAAUCUCAACAAGAUGAAGGAAGUACUGCAACAAGUUCAUCAACACUACAGCUCACGGUAGCGGCUCAACUAGAGCAGCACGGUGUCUUUGCAGCAAGUCGCGAGCUCACGCCGCUGCAUGCGGCAGCAAGAACUGGGUAUGUCUAUGCCUGCGAAGUUUUGCUUGAGUGUGGUGCUGACAGUUUCGUUCAGGAUCGCUGCGGUUGGUUACCCCUACAUUACGCCUGUCUCCACGGUUCAGUUGACGUCGUGCGUUUACUCCUCGAUGAUUACAACUCGAAGAUGGAACGCUUGGCUGGUGCGAGUAGAGGUAACCGGUUUUCGUCGGCACCUGGAGGUGUAGUAGGAGGUGGUGCAUCUGUUCCACGCACGAUUAGACCCCCAAAUCCAACGAUUUUCCACAAGGAUUCGUGGGAUGCGGUUUCGUUUGCACCCUCGCGACAAAUGACACGAUCGCGCAGUGGGGCAGCGUCAGCGAGGGUUAGUCGGUUCGUUUCUGCAGGUGUUGAGAGUUUGUGUUCAGGAGCAACGUUCUUGGGGCAAUCGCAUAAUACGCUUUCGGAGAUUAGCAUAGUAGGAGCCAAACCGUCUUUCGGAGCUGCGCAGCAAAUUGUGCAUUCUAUGCCCUCGACUAUGCGUGCACACGUUCUUGCGUCGCUUCUAUUCCGUAACAGUGCUGCUCCUCUGCAUCGGCCUUUAGCGCUUCCGCCGACAGAUCCCCGACACCCACUAAUCAAACUGCGCGCCAGCGCCAGUGAGUUCACAGCGGCUGUCUUAGGAGGAAGCGUGAGCGAGGCAGACUUUGUUAUUCAACUACACCAACGCUUUCCAGAACUCGCAUUCUUUCAGCUGUGUGGUGAACGUCACGACCUCUCACUCGGUUCCAAUAUGCUGCAUGGAGCCGGUUCUAGCACUGUUUCUGGAGGUGGAGGAGGAAAAACGAUGGGAGCAGGUCACCAACGAAGGCUACCGCCGUUCACAACUUCUUACAACAGUGGUAUGAACUUGAACAAACACAAAGGUCAAGGUCAAGGUGGCAUUGGGCGUGGCCGCGUGAGUAGCGAGAACAAGAAUACUCCUGGCCCUGGCACCAGUAUAUUGAGUCGCGCGGCUGGCUCCUCUUCUUUUGCAGAGCACAGGCGUAUGUCUGCAGGUGGGCGACACUCAGCAAAAAGAAGCAUGGCCCUUCCAGGCGCGAACGGCUUGGAGUCAAUUUGGCGCAAGGCGACGGAAGUGACUGUACCGGCAGACACGUAUCAACGGAACAAACGUCGCAGUGUUCUGCGACGCAUCCUUCGUACGUCUCAAACCAGGCCAGCAAGGGCCACGGUGGUUGGCGGAAAUAAAGUUAUGGCUCAUGAUAAGUCAUCUUCAAAAAAUUAAAUUUUGGCAGUUUUCCAAGUACAACAGGAUCCCGAGGAAAUGAUGAAAAAGAGAUGAACUGAAAAGAUGAGCUCUAAUAGGGCUGCGAACAACAGAGGAGGCUACAAUUAUGCUGGUGGUCGAGGGAGUGGGAGCAGUGGAGGUGGAGCUGGAUUGGGCCCCUCUUCCUUGAGACACCAACAGAGGUCGAGUCGUUCUCACAAUAUCAGCGGUAGUCGGCAAGUAGCAGGGCCGGAACUGGUGUCUUUACUGAACGCACACGACAACUAUCUACGCACCAUGGGUGGACUAUUGUCAGUAUAUUGGCUGGUUGCAGAUCGCUAUGAUUUGUUCGUUCGAAGUCAAAAGAUGCAGGAGGAAGAACGAAUACUGGACAGGGGUAAUCGGAACAACAUCAGAGCAAGUGAUCAUGUUGCAGGUGGUGAAGGGGAGACCACGAAUGGCACAGAGCCUGAGCGGGAGACACCCUCAGCGUCUAAAAACACGAGUUCUUCUGCGGCUAGCAGUUCUACUAGCAAUGUUUUGAGUCGUGAAUCAUGGGAGAGUCUUCGGGAGUGGAUUAUUGCACAUGCAGAUUUAGGUUCACCGGGAACGCUAGACGCUUUGUUGUGCUUGCUGGUCAUCCGCAACUUAGGUCGUGGUACCGCAGCUGGGGAUUUUAGGAGUAAGGAAAAGCUUGCCGAUGUCUUUCUACUUGCUGCGGCCAACGCUUCAGGCUUGGAUCACCUGUUGGAGGCGGAUGAGCAUGUGCUGAAUGCAGAUCAGAGCACAGGGGGAGAUGCAUCGCCACAAGCAGGAACUACAGGAGCCGCGACGUCAGCCACUGCAGCAGGGGGAGACGCAGCCACACGACACUACUCAGUGCGUCCGCCCCUAGAAAAGGACAAUUCGAUUUCAGCAGACCGACGCUUUCUGUCCUCGGAAGGCGUUGAGCAACCCCCGCCAGGCAUCCAGGUACAUCCUGUCACUCACGCAAUGUCUAUGGCUUUUGGCGACGUCGACGAGGGGGUGAGCUCGCCGGUGAAUUUGGACAAUUUCCUCACUAGCGGCCGCCCCACAGGAGGCGAUCGUGAGGGCGGUUGGGGUGCUGCACUACGAAGCCAUGGAGUGGGAGGUCAUGAAGGGGAUGGAGAUGCCUCGAUAGCUGUCGACAAGUGGCGCUCGGACACGGAGAAUAUCGCACUGGCACGAGUUCGAAGUGACAUUUUUCACAGCGCACCGCGAAUUCAUGCGGGACGCAUGACCGAAGUCUUGGAGGGGCCAGUUGCAGUAAGGAGUCUCCUGUCAGCGGAAGCAGUAGGGAGUCACCGACUCGGUGGGAACAAAUCGUUGCGAGCGAUGCAAGAAAUAGGCGGCCCACUCCUUUCUUACGAAAGUGGGGACGAGGAUGGAGCUUCGAUUCCUGAAAAAUGGAGCAAGUCACAGGACGGCCGCCAACAUGGAGGUAAAAGUACUAAAAGCAGGACAGAUACAAUAGGAGGUGACCAACAACACCAGUACAGUUCCUGUGACGAUGGUAUGACUACUGCUUCCCAAUCUGGUGGCGGAUCUUCUAAAGCGGGUGAUCAGCACAAUGCUGGCUCGUCUGGAUCUCAGCAACCUUAUGAACGCUCCCCAUGGGACGGCCUCGACCGUCGUGCGCAGCCGAGUUGCAUCCCCGCACUGAUUGAGCAUUGUCCCGAAAUUUUGCCCAGUUUCAGUCGCCUGGGAGCGGAGCAGAGGCAACUGGUGAAAGCUUGCAUCGCUGUGGAUUUUUGGAACCUGAAAGAGUUCUUAUCAGGAGAGGAUACCUUGGCCAACUUCCUAGCAUUCAAAGAGACCCUUUUGUGUGAAGGUUUGGGCUUGGGCGACAUUGGAGGAGGAAACCAUAGUGGUGAGCGAAAUAGCAACAAUAUCGGAGUUCAUAGUGCCUCUACCACUGGGGCAGUACCAUCGUCGAGUAUGCCACAACGCCACGGUGGUUCCGUCAUGUCCAGCAUAUUUGGCGCAGCGAGUACGGCUAGUAGACAAUCAGGUGCCGCGUUUGGAGGUCAGCGAAGUAGCUCUCCUUGGGGUCAUGCAGGGAGCUCAGCUUCGUCAAACCUCGACAACACUGAUCCUGAUGAGCGCGUUAUUAUCACCGACGCCCAGAGUGGCCGUGCUGCGAGAAAAGUUUUAGCCUUCUAUCUUGUGACAGUGUUUGCGGAUUUGUCGGGAUUUUCGGGACCUACGACUUUGGAAGGGAGUAAGAGCAUGACGGAAACAGUGUUUAAACAGUUUGCGCGCGCAGUGCAGAGUCUCCAGCCUUUGACGACCAGCUCGGCGCGCGACACAAUGGGAGUGUUUUUGCUGCGGAGUACCUUGGAAGCGCGUUUGGGCUGUGUAAAGGAUUUCGCAGAGCGACUCUGGAAUCGGACAGAAAAGCAAGCAGCGUCCUCGUCUUCAGCUAGUGUGCCGUUGAUGCAACAAAAUGGGGAUGGGUCUUUGAUCGCUGGAGGCAAUCUGACGGCUUGUUUAGGGAAUGAACAAGCGACGCCGCUGUUCGUUUCCCAUACUUUACUGUCUGCUGCCGACGCAGGUGGCAAAGAGGGCGGUGGAGGAGGUAAAAUUAAGGGUUCCGAAAGAAAGGGUGCAGCAAUCAAUGCCGAUGAUGAAGGCAAUCCAGUUUUGAGUAACAAAGAGUUGGCGGAGAAUCGAGCGAUUGCGAGAUUAGCGCUUGGUGUUUCAUCAGGUGCGUUUGCUGGUGGACCUAAAGUAUUGGACGACAGUAAUAGGGAAGAUCUCAAUCUACUAAAUGAGCCAAAGAACAAUACUAGUGAAGAUACAGCAGAGAAAAGAGGUCCAAACACCUCGUUCCAUCAACAACUCGAAACAGCAUUUUACCACGAGCUCAGUGCCGAAGAGCGGGCAGCCCUUUCGCGAUAUCUGACAAAGGAUUUGGAGAGUGGUGGUGGUGGUGCCGCAGAUCGUUCCGCACAGAUCAAGGGCGUACGGCUUGCAGGCUUUCUUCGUCACGCAGCUGCGAAUGAGAAGAGCGUGGGACUGGCGAGGGCUUUGCGCUUACUCAGACGCGUCUAUGAAGGCGUGGAAUCAAGAUGGGUGUACAGCUCAGUGCAACAAAUCAUUGUAGAUUUUUCGGACUUAGCCGUCCGCAAUCGUACGUGCCGCAGUGCGUUCCUCUACGAACAGAGCACCUUCUUUCAGAUUGCCAAAUUAGACUGUGGAGGCAGUGCGGGUGUGGGAGAUCAUAGCACUCACGGAAGUGGAGGACAGCUAGGUAAUGGUGGUCGUAGUUUUGGAGGCAAGUCGAGAGCAGAGCUGUUGCGCAGUGCAGCACCGCACGCCAAUGUUGGCGUCGCUGUGGCUCGUCUUUCACCAUGGCGACUGUAUGAGGAAACAAGUACGCAGGAAACCGGUCGUGCGGCAGCAGCGUUUUGCGGCUUUUUGCUGGAGGCACAGCAAGGAGUGGGUGGUCCGCAGGGUGCUGAUCCGAACAUGGCAGGCCAAGAGACUACUGGGCAGCAGGAAGCAGAGCAAAUGCCAGAUUCACCUUCUGGGGGACAACAAGAACAAGGAGGUGCUCGUAAAUUCGGAUAUCCAACAGCAGGUGUAGGGGCCCCAUCAUCUGGCUACGGGCGUUCUCUCGCCAGUAUUGGUCCCUCACCUGGUCAACAAGGUCGUAGACCCUCAUUUUUCGAAGCAGCAGCAUCGCCCGAACCACCCGGAGCUAAAGGCGAGACUUGUCAACCUCUGACUAGUGAAGAAUUCCUAGAGUGUCUCCGCGCAGCAUACCCAGAGCUCUCCUACUACGCCCACAACAAUCCUUCGGAGACGUUCGAGGUUCUGAGAAUGUGUCUCGCACUUUUUUACCUGAUAAAUGACGACUACGCAGCUUUCACCGGUGUUGGAUCUAUGACGGAUUCAAAUGGAGGUAUGGAAGAGGGCGGGGAGGAACAAGGAACUCAACAGCAGUCCUUCAUUUCUGAGGCCUCUUGGUCAGCUAUGCAACAAUUUGCGGAACCUGGCUUAGCCGACGCAGAAACUCUAGAUGCUCUCUUCGUCACGCUAAUCAUUUCCCGCCUAAACGCAGUCAAAAAUCUCCGCACAGAUGUCUUCGCGCGUGCCUUCGGUCGUGGGAUGCCCGUGACGUCUAGCAACAUUUUAGAAUUGCUUACAAGAGCAGGACAUUCAUCAUCAACUUCAGGACCAGGAGACGAGAAAACUUCAGGAGAUGCAGAGGAGGCUAACCAACUGCUGCUCCUAUUGCCUUCGUUCUACCGUUUAGACGCACGAAAGCGUGACUUGGUGAGGAUGGCGCUCUGUUGUCGUCGCUUUCACUUCGAUCAGUUCGUGAACGCCGAAGCCGUGAGUGACUGUCUCACUGAGGUCGCCGACUUCGCGAAUGACAGAACCGCUACCUCCAGUACUGGCGUCGGAAGUUCAGGGCAUGAGAACACGAUGAACGGACAAGAUGUUGGCCAGGAACGACUCGCUUUUUUCCUCGCGGUUUUGAUGUUGCAACAAUGUGCUGGCGCACCGGCGUCUUGGAACAAUGUGCAUCGCGGUUACAACACGGAUGGCCAAAAGAUGACGAAGAAUAGAAGUACAAGAGGAGGACCACACCAACAUAGCUCUGGUACUGGCAGUCUAGACUCGCGUCUCUCGCACUUUGGUGGCGGAUCUCAACAUGCAUCCUGCGACCCGGCAGACGUUCGGUGGCAAAAAGUGGGGUCGAUUUCUACUCACUUCCAAGACACUCUCAAUAGUGAUCAGCUGCGAAGAAUGUCUGGGGACAGCGGAGCAGGUGGACUGCGUAGUGCCUCGAGUAUGGACAACAACUCAUCUUCGAUGAAUAGUACUAGAUUGGACUCGAAAAACCUAGUUGUCGGAGCACGAGCAACAAUCGACAGCAAAGGUGUAGUUGGGCAUCAAAAGUGUGGACGAAAAGGUGAGGAUCACUCUUCGGUCAUAGGGAGUAUCAAGAGCUCUGCUAGAUCGGUGAACACGACUGGAUUUCCUGCUGCAUCCUUCUCGGAUCAAGUACAACAAAUGUCGCCUUUUGCCAUUGGUCUCACAGAAGCGAAUUUCACCAUUGUUCACACGGCGUUGGACGUGCUAAGCGAGUUCGCUAGUGGCAACGAGGACGCCGACUCGGUCUACUACGGUUAUUUAUCGAGGAGAGCAGCAGCUUGUUUCCAGGAAGAUUUCUCAGUCCCGAUGGUGAGACUCGCUUGCAUCGCCAAAUGCGCAGAUGAUUUGGCUUCUGCAGAUGCUCUCCGUUUGGCUGUUUCUCAGCAAAUGUUGGUCGACCCCUACGGCUGGGAACGGCUUGAGGCGGCGCUGUCGAGACUAGUUUCGUCUAGAAGAGGUUUGCGGCGGCAAGGAGGAGGAUCUGCUAGAGGUCAUGCUUUUCACAGUACUGGAGGUUUUCGUGACCACGGUGCUGGCAGUUACGACGAGAGCUCCACUAGUACCAAGGGUUCGCGACCGUCAGGCAUGUGGUUUGAGACCGGUGGAGGUAGUGGGAUAAUGGAAGGUCAGCAAGAACGCGAAGAGUCGUCAUGGGAUUCGAGGCCAGCGCCCAUGGUGCACACCAGAACAACAAUCGGAGAGCCGGAAGAUGAUCUAAGCAUGUUUGAAGAUCAUGGCCACGCAGGAGAUCGAAAUUUCACGAUAUUAAGGGUGGGUUUCCGAGUUGCAUCCUGCAAUAGCGUCCCUGACUCUUUUCCCACUAAGAAAGAAGUCAGGGGUGUUCUUGGGAAUGCAAUAGCGCAACCUCUAACGAGAGACGACUGCACCUUUGUGCUGAGUCAUGCACAGAAAUUCUUCGAAUGUGCGCAAAGGAAUCCGAGAGUAGGUUUGCCUGCAGCGAUUCGAAUGCUUUCCAAGGUCUAUGAGGCAACGGCGUCUAUUGACGUGAACACUAACAGAAACAUGACAUCAUCUUCUUCUAGAGCAGCAAGUACGGCAUCAGGCUUCCUUGGGGGAGGAACAGCUUCUUCAAGAAGUAGCGGCCAUAAUUUGUUCCCGGCAACACCAGGUUUGAACUCACCUUGGACGUAUGUGUUGAAUUUCCUCGAUCUCGCAAAUUUUGCGAAGAAUUACACCAGCACAGUUGCCUUCGACCUGAUUGGAUUGGAUUUGUUGCCAAUCAUCCCGACAACGGAAUUGUCGGAUGCACCAAGAGCCUACUUAGUGAGUGCGAGACCGUGGGUGCCAGUCCGAGACAAGGAAACUUUGCAGAAAUUGACUACACAGGCAAGGGCCAUGACCACUAGAAUUGUUUCCCAGAGACUCUCGGAGCAAGAAUUUCUGAUGGAGAUCAAGCAGAAAUUACCGGAGUUGAACUAUUUUCGAGGGUAUGAGGCUUCGACUGACAAGUCCGGCGGGAAGCAAUUUUUCGUUUCACAAGCACAAUACGACGACUAUGGGGGGAUCGAGACGGAUUUUGCUGCUGUUGAUGGACUAGAUCGUGGUAGUGGAGGUGGAAGCAACAAAGUAGGUGGAGGUGGAAGCGAUGGAGGUAAUUCGAGCAGCAUGGCGAGUAAUAUAGGAUCUGCUGUCACGGCGGCUGCUCCACUGAGCAGUACGAUGAUAGGACAUCAACCUUCCUCCACGAAUACAACUACUACUGGUGGUCCAUCCAAUAACUCGAACAGUAGCACUACCUUGUGGGACAUUUCGAGGUCUCCUAAACAAAUCUUGCGCCACACUUUAAGUGCCAUUCUCACGGCUUUUUUCGUAGCUUCGGAUAAUUUCUUCCAGUUCGGCAAGCUGCCUCAGACAGUACACGGAAGUAAAGCGGAUCGACUGGCGGCAAAGAAUGAUGUCUUGUUAAGGUAUAGAAGACCAGUUCUAGAUCUAGAAAGGUGGUACAAAUCUUCCGUUUGGUGGAUCCAACACCCCUUUUGCUUGCUCUAACUUCCAGCGUCAUCUCCUGGCAAGAAGUGAUGUCAUGGUCAGCCUGCGAUGUUGGUUUGCGUAACCCUGAAGUCCUAGAUGCAGUCCUGGUUUAUCUAGCGAUACACGAAUUGGGCAAACUGCACUACUUUCGACAAGAUCUAGGUGGGGCGAGUGGUUCGAAGGAAAAUCAGUUGGAACCGAGUGCGGUUUUGGCGCAUGUUAUGGCGACGAAUCCAGCCGUUCUGCCGAGUUACGCACGACUCCCAAGACAUUGGCGCAUUGUCUUGCACGCGAUGGUUCGCAUGCGGUUCCGGUUUAACCAGUUUCUGCAAGGUGAGUGCUUACCAGCUAGCUUUGACCAAUUGCGGGGCUUCUUGCAGUUGCUGCAUUCGUUUGUGGUGCACCAAGACGUCGGAGAUGCGGAUCAUGGUAGUGCUGGUUCUAGGAAUGGUCGCCCCGGGGCUGGAGUUGUAGGUGCCGCAGGUGGUACGGCAGACACAUCUACAGCCUUUGAGGGAAUUUUUCCCUGUGACGCUUGUCAGUUUUACCUCUUCACCUGCUUCGCCGACUUAGGACAUGUGAUGAAUGAAACACAGUACCGCAAUUUUCGUUCAGGGAUGCGUGCGUUGCAGUACUUUCUGAGUUCGCCUUCGGUCAUCAGCUCCUUGUCGAAUCCCUACUACGGGAUGUCACCAGAUCAUUAUCACAAGAACAUGAUUGGAGCGGCAGAAGGUCUCAAUUCGGAUCUCCAUCUUCAUGGAGGUGGUAACAAAGUAGACAAUCUAGACCCCACGUUCCAGGAUUUGGGUGCUGGCACAGAGGAGGACGACGAGGCGGACAACAUGUUUGGCAUCUCUUCUUAAGGCCAGUCAAUCAGUAUCUUGCUGAGUGUAUCCCCUUCAGGUGGAGGACCUGAAGCCACUAGACCCGGGAUAGUGAUUGACUGCCUUGUUUAAUCUUCGCAACGCUUGUGCAAGAAAAUCAGUGCUCGUGGGUUCGGUAAGAAGUACAUGAGCGAAAGGUCAGAUUUGACGUCGUGUGCUACGCCUGUGGACCGCUGUAUAUCGACGUCGACCCGCGGGUUGGAGAGUGACGACGGAGUUGGGAUCACCCAUAUGUCAACGACCAUGGAAGCUGCAGUGGCUUCAGCGCAAGCGGAAAACGCGAAUCAGAUGAUGUCGAAGCUAAAAAGUCAACAAGAACCGAGUGCAUCUUCAAAAGCUGGCAUGGGCGUCGGAAAGGAGACCACUUCAAGUAGGGGACAACAAGAAGAUAGGAGUUCUAAAAAGCAGCAAACCACUGGAACUACAGGCCAUAAAAGUAGUACCACGUCAUAUGAAGUAGCGAGUAGCAUGAUCACGACGUAUGACAUCUUUUUGCACUCAAGAAGUGCGCUCUGCUUGGCAGAGUUGUCUUCAGCCACUGAGCGCGCUGUUAUUCGUCUCUGCUGCAAUGCGCGCGUCUUCGAUUUCGAAGGCGGUAAGAAAGUGCAGCAAGCGUUCAACGGGUUGUUCCUAGACGAGCAAGAACGGUUUGUGAAGUACCUGAAUGCAGAUGGCAUCAACGAUCGUCCUGGGUUUCUCCUUUACCUUAAGGGUUCUUGAAGAGGCAUUUCAUAUUCAUUUUUAUCUUGAGAUGUUGAUGAACAAAUGAAUUGUCUCACUUUCUUCAACAACGCCUACUCUAAGUACCAUCUGCCGAACUUCUUUGAGGCAGCAGCAGUUGUGAACCCGGAGAAUGUAGGAUUUGAACGCGCUCUGCGUUUGAUCUUAGAGAUCUACGACACUGCUCGAGCAGACUUCCAUGACAGCCUGGAGGCGAUAGUGUACAUUCACUUGGGAGAGAUCGCAGCGUGGGCGUUUGGGUGCCCAAGUCCUCUAGCGUUUGAGGCUACGCAGUUCUUUCUGGAGAAGGUCAAUGACACAGAAGUUGUAGUGAAAUUUGAUCUGGAUUUUACGGAGAGGAUGCACGAACUGCGAAGGCAAAAGAAGGGCGUGCCGAACAUGAGCAUCGUUCUCCAAGACUGUGAUUUCAGCGCGUGUUGUCGGGAAACCAGUGCGAAGGAAGGUCUUUCCAGCGCUAAGGAAGGUUCUAGUUCGCCUAGUGGAAAGAAAAAUACGAAUAGUGCUACUGGUUCUCCAUCUCCAGAUAAGAACGAUACGAAAGUACUAGAGAAAGGAGCUACGCGCGAAGUAACUGCUGGCACUUCUUCUGGAUUGAAACAAUAUUUGGAUGAAGAAUUCAACAAAACUUCCGCCUCAGAACAACAGCAACGAGCUACCGUGACAAAAGAGCGCAAAACUACGGGCGAACAACAAUUGGCUCGUCAGUCCACUGUCUUAAUGCCAGUCGCCACGUCGUCUUCGUGGUCGAAUGCAGUGAAGAAAGUAGCCAGUCUGAGGACAGAUCCAGCCAGAAGAGAGUUUGCACGGAACUUUUCUGCUUACGUUCGACGGAUUCAGGAUUUGAGAGGUUUGCACGUGACAACCUCCUGCUACGAAAUGUGGAAGCAAAGUGGAUUCAGGAAUCGAGCAGCGAAGGUUAUUCCAGCACUGUCGUACACCAGUCGAUACUGCGUCUUUUUCUUUGACGACAACUUGGAAAUUCCAGAUGCGAGGUUCGCGCCGUCGCGUGACUCUGCGACAAGUGUUGAUGCAGCUGGUACAACGAGAACAUCUACAGGACACCAACAGAACCGAACGUCGAAGUCCAGCAGUGGUGGAUCCUUUUUGCCUAGUGCGUCGGACCAGUAUGGGAUAUUGAAUUUGCGUGAUUUGUCUGGGCGUUUCAUCGAUUUCUCCGUGGGCAAGAACGGUUUCGAAUGGGUCACAGAGGCGGAUCAGGGCUACAACUCGCAGAUUGUUUACUCCAGAGAGUACAAUGUUGUGCUGUGCAAGGUGUGCAUUUUGGAUGCGAUGGUGGACGACCAAUUUUUCACGAAGAUAAUCGAGCGUUUUUCGCGACCGUUGGAACGAAGUUUGAUUUUCAUGGAUGUGAACAGUACCAUCGUGUUUGGCGACUUGAUGAGCGGAAAAGAUCCGGACUUCGUUUUGCUGUCUACGCUCUUCGAAGCCAUCGUGCUGACACCGAAGCAGGACUUCGUUUUUGAUGUGGAAGGCCAGCUUUUUGCUCCAGUAGAAAGCAAGACCAAAGAAGCAGAGAAGGAGAAUUCUUCCUCCUCUUCUCCGAUGAAGGAGAAAGUCGAUGAAGCAAGCAUCACCAAACGAUCCGCCACUGGUUUGGAGGCAGGCUUCGUUCAGAAUUUGCAGUCCUCUGCCGGUUCAGCCGCGCUGAAGCGUGGCCAAGAAGUGUCUUUGAAGCAAUUCGUGAAGCGGUUUCUGUCACGCGACGCUUAUCGAGCUUUUUGGUAUCCGAAGAAUUGUCGCCGCUUACUAGAAUACUGCCUUGUCAAAGGCCAAGUCCGCAUCUACGGCAAGUUGAUUUAAGGGUACACCUUUAAGUUGCUUUUCUUACCGCUUUUUAUGCCUCUCUCCCAUCCUAAUGGGGAGAGACGAGAAAGGCAUAACUACAAGCGGGGUAAGCGAACCCGCGAGCACCAAAAAUAACCUACCUCUAAUUCAUGUCCAAAAUCGGAGACUUCGACUUGAUGUACUUCGAGUACCAGUCGAUGCUGGAGCGCACGAAAGGUGGCAUCGUCCGCUCUUGGUUCGAGUUGUAUCGUAAAUACGCGGCAAGAAAUCUGAUCAUGAUCAACACGUUUGGCGUGGAUAGUCGGAAAGUAAUUCAUGAGACGGUGCAGUCGGAAAGCGAUGUACAAAUGUUCGCGGCAAACUACGACAGUUGGUCGGAUAGGGACAGAAGGAAAUUCGGAGAGCAAUACACUGUGGAAGUCCGUAAACUGCACGCUGCGGAAUUGCACCCAGACGCGACGUCGCACCAUAUGAAAGGCAUUUAUUCGACGUUGAAAGAACAACAGGCGACGUCAGGAACGACGUCCCCAGGGAGAGCGCGAAAUGCAGCAACUUCAGCAGCAGGAGCAGCUGAGCCCCAUCAAGAGAGGCGGCAACGAAACAACGACUUGCUUCCUCCUCACACAGCGACCACUGCGUCAGGAGAUAUAGGCAUGAAAAGUGUCACUUUCAAGGAUCAAUUUUAUCGUAAAAAUCGGUCUCCAAGACGACGGGAGAGUUUUGAGGAAAUCGAUAUCCCUCCUUCUUUCCUCACGUGUAGUCGUGUCUCUGCCUAUCGAAUCGAGGUGCGAUUCGACUAUCGUAGGUGGGUGACCGGCUUCGUGCACAAACUGAAUGUGGAAUUAGGUGUGCCAGCAGAACAAGCGAAUGGAGGACCAGCAUCUUCGAGUUCAGCGAAGAAAGAAGAUCAAGUAGAUUCUACUAGUUGCAAGAGUUCCAGAGACACGGAGGUGUAUGCGGGAGCACCAGAUCAGACCGAGGAACAUCAUCAAGACACCUCCGCAGCUUCUUCCUUCUUCGACAGAGCUACUUUGUCCUCAAUACUAAAAGAUGCGAAGGAGGCAUAUUUGUCAUCUAGGCAUACGUAUAAGCCAAAAAAGCGAAAAUCUACUACAACUUCUUCACAAGGAGCUAGGUCUCGAGAGUCGCGGAGUAGCAUAGGCAGUCCCAGUGUGCGUGCAGAAGAUGGGCAAGUAUCGCCUUCGCAAAGGAGUGUCGAAGUGCAGGCUAACGGCAUACAAGAUACCCCUGCAGGAGGUGCUUUUCCUUCUUCUCCUUCUACUUCUCCCUUCCAAACUACAGGUUCUACUUCUAGCCCCGGAAGACCUCUUGUCCCCGAUACAACUACUAGUGCGGAACACCCUCAGCAACAAGCACGAAUGGCAAAUUUCAUGUCGCAAGUAGUAAGGGCAAGAGAAGAAGCCGAUUUAACGUCCCAAAUCAGAGAAUUAGAAUUGAGAUUGGACGCCGCAAGACGUGAACAGAGUAGUCGACAAAGAGAAAACGCGCUUUCUGAUGAGGUAGAGAGGCUGAGGCGAGAGCUGCAAACAACGAGGAAUUAUGUUGCGAACAUGAGUCCGCGGGGACACGAGAUGGUGGAAUUGGGUGGUGUGUCUCCUCUGCGUGGUGAUGAAGCAAGCGCGUUCUCACCUAGGUCGGGAUGAAGUCUGAUGUCGUAGUUUACAGAAAGACUAUAGCAGUAUCAUUCUCUAUUUGCUUUUGAUAGACAGACUGUGAACAGACAAGAAUCAGCUACUUAGAAAUAGCUAGAAGAACAUGAUAGACAUUUCAUUCUUAGCAUGAACGUAACAGUGUGAUCUUAUAGAUACCAGAAUCUCUAGUCGUUUGGUUCAAAACUUCAAGCUGCAAUGAUUUCUUACUUGCUGCUCAUGGGUAAAGAAAAUGGCACUAGUAGUGCUAGUUGCAAGUGUGGUUGCAACGCUGGUUGCAGUUGGGCUUUGGAACAUGGGCGUUCAUAUUUUUCAAGAUGAAGAUUCAUGCUAUUAGAAAGCGUAUUGAAGCGACUGUCUUAAGUUUUUUGUAUAAGAUUGUCACUCGCACUUAACAUUUACAAUGUUCUCACUAGUAGUAGAUUCGUACUUACAAGGUUGUAUCUAGUAGAUUCAUAUGCAAAAGUUUUUUCAAAAAUGAAGUUUCUAUAGAGUGAGGUGACAACAGAUGGAUCUGAACUCAUUUUUCUUAUGGUCUAGUACCAACAACAUGUGUUGUCCUUAUCGUGCUCUUUAUUUAUUUUUCAUUCAGGAGAAGGAGUUUUUGUUUCGUUUUUCUGGCAUUGUAGGAGCAUUGUCUGAGACGCCAGGACGAUCUUCCGAACGCGCGUUGCAGUGGACACCAUUAUGCAAUGUUAUGGGC